CGUACAGCUGCGCAUGUGAGGCUCCUGCUUGGUGGUCACACGAAGGCCGCGCGCUCAUUGACCUCCAGCGUUUCCCGUGUCCGCGAGCCUGGCUUGCAGUCUGGUACCCGAGGACGUCACCGCGGAGCAGAAUGAUUCCUAUUGGCUGAUUCAGGCAGGGUUCCAUUGUGGACAUCACAAUGCGGAAGUUGGACAAUGAGCUUCAGACUAAAACUUUCUCCUCUGGGCAACAUCUAUGAGGAAAUCAAUGUUUCCCCCUUUCCAUUUCUUUUCUCAUUCUGGGGGCAAAUUGUUGACUUGUAGGAACUUAAGGGAAAGGAGGUGAAUCCAGGGAGGGUGCAGACUCUGGAAAGGUUGGCCCAGGUCUCUCUCUUUUAAAGAAAUUGACAUCCUUUGCCCCCUCGGAUUGACACAUUUUUUUGUCUGGCUAAAAGGAUGGUCUCUUUCCUAAUGUUCACAAUUAAAGGGGUGGUUUCCCCAGGAGAUAGUUGACAUUGAAGGGCACAAUUUCAGGGUGAUUUACUGUCCUAUAUUUUCAGGGAUUGCUCCUUAUUUUACCUUUUGUCCCGUAUUUCUAGGCCAGCCUGUGGGAAACUGAUCCCAGGAGUCUCCAGGGUGAGUUUGAGUGAUUCGAGUGGGAUGGCAAGUGAGUGAGUCGGCCAGCAGAGAGAUGAUGAUAUUGUGACUGAACAAGAUAAGUUGAUAUUAUAAGUAGAGGAUUUGCAGACAGAAAUCUCAAACCAAACUCCACGUCAUGAUCUGACAGAAUCACUCAAUUCACCGGGACCUGAAUAUUAUUGGCCUUUGAAUCUAGAAGGAGAAAUGGUUGUCUGUUCUGUUUUCUUCGAAAGGUUUUAAAUAUCACUGUGACUGGAAAAGCACCGAGACACACACACCUGAGUGAGAGUGUUCCAGUGCACUGACUGUGGAAAGAGCUUUAACCAGUUACACAGCCUGAAAGAAACAUCACACCAUUCACAGUGAGGAGAGACAUUAUACACGUUGUGUGUGUAGGCAAGGCUUCAGCUGAUUGUCAGUCCUGGAGAGACACAAGGACACCCGCACCAUGGAGAAACUGUGGAGAUGUGGGGACUGUGGGAAGGAAUUCAAAUACCCAUCUCAGCUGGAAGCUCAUCGACGCAGUCACACUGGGGAAAGGCCAUUCAUCUGUUCUGUGUGUGGGAAGGGAUUCACUCAUUCAUCCACCCUACGAAGGCACCAGCAAAUUCACACUGGGAAGUGGCCAUUUGCCUGCCCUGAGUGUGGGAACAGAUUCAGACAGUUAUCCAGCCUGCAGUCACACCAGCAAUUUCACACUGGGGAGAAGAUGCCAUUCAUCUGCUCUGUGUGUGCAAAAGGAUUUGCCCACUCAUCCAACCUGCUGAAACACCAGCGAAUUCACACUGGGGAGAGGCCGUUCAUCUGCUUUGAAUGUGGGAAGGGAUUCAGUAAUUCAUCCGACCUGCAGAAACACAAGCGAGUUCACACCGGGGAGAGGCCGUUCUCCUGCUAUGAGUGUUUGAAGGGAUUCAGUAACUCAUUCAACCUUCUGCGACACCAGCGAGUACACACUGGAGAGAGGCCAUUCACCUGCUCCGAGUGUGGGAAGGGAUUCAGUCAGUUAUCCAAUCUGCAAACACAUGAGCGAAUUCACAUCAGGGAGAGGCCGUUCACCUCUGAGUGUGGGAAGAGAUUCCGUAAUUCAUCAGACCUGCAGAAACACAAGCGAGUUCACACCAGGGAGAGGCCAUUUACCUGUUCUGAAUGUGGGAAGGGAUUCAGUAACUCAUCCGACCUUCAGAAACACAUGCGAGUUCACACAGAAGAGAGGCCAUUAACCUGCUCUGAGUGUGGGAAGGGAUUCAAUCAUUCAUCCGACCUGCAGAGACACAUGCGUGUUCACACUGGGGAGAGGCCGUUCACCUGCUCUGAGUGUGGGAAGGGAUUCAGUCAGUUAUCCAACCUGCAGACACACCAGCGAAUUCACACCAGGGAAAGGCUGUUCACCUGCUCUGAGUGUGGGAAGGGAUUCAGUGAUUCAUCAGACCUGCAUAAACACAAGGGAGUUCACACUGGGGAGAGGCCAUUCACCUGCUUGCAAUGUGGGAAGGGAUUUGUUGAUUCAUCAAACCUACUGCGACACCAGCGAGUUCACACUGGGGAGAGACCGUUCACCUGCUUGGAUUGUAGGAAGGGAUUCAGUCAUUCAUCCGACCUGCAGAAACACAUGCGAGUUCACACUGGGGAGAGGCCAUUCACCUGCUCUGAGUGUGGGAAGGGAUUCACUCAGUUAUCCAACCUGCGGACACACCAGCAAGUUCACACCAGGGAGAAGCCGUUCACCUGCUCUGAGUGUGGUAAGGGUUUCGAUGAUUCAUCAGAUCUGCAUAAGCACAAGGGAGUUCACACUGGGGAGAGGCGGUUCACCUGCUCUGACUGUGGGAAGGGUUUCAGUGAUUCAUCAGACCUGCAAAAACACAAGGGAGUUCACAAUGGGGAAAGGCUGUUCACCUGCUUUCAGUGUGGGAAGGGAUUCAGUGAUUCAUCCAACAUGCUGCGACAUGAACGAAUCCAUACUGGGGAGAGACCGUUCACCUGCUCUGAUUGUGGAAAAGGAUUCACUCAGUCAUCCGACCUGCAGAAACACAAGCGGGUUCACACGGGAGAGAGGCCGUUCACGUGCUCUAAGUGUGGGAAAGGAUUCACUCAGUUACCUAACCUGCGGACACACCAGCGAGUUCACACCAGGGAGAGGCCAUUCACCUGCUCUGAGUGUGGGAAGGGAUUCACUCAUUCAACCCACUUGCUAAGACACCAGCGAGUUCACAAUCACACCGGGGAGAGGCCAUUCACCUGCUCUGAGUGUGGGAAGGGAUUCACACAGUUAUCCCACCUGCAGAUACACCAGCGAGUUCACACUGGAGAGAGGCCAUUCACCUGCUCUGGGUGUGGGAAAGGAUUCACUAAUUCAUCCAACCUCCUGACACACCAGCGAGUUCACACUGGGGAGAGGCCGUUCGCCUGCUCUGAGUGUGGGAAGGGAUUCAGUGAUUCAUCCACCCUACGAACACACCAGCGAGUUCACACUGGGGAAAAGCCGUUCACCUGCUCUGAAUGUGGAAAGGGAUUCACUCAGUUAUCCAACCUGCGGAAGCACCGGCGACUUCACACCGGGGAGAGGCCGUACACCUGCUCUGAGUGUGGGAAGGAAUUCAGUGAUUUAUCCAACCUGCUGGCGCAUGAGCGAGUUCACACUGGAGAGAGGCCGUUCACCUGCCAUGUGUGUGGGAAGAGAUUCACUCAGUCAUGCCACCUGCUGAGACAUCAGCGAGUUCACAAGUGAUUACAGAGGUUGGAUUCUGCUGUUAAUGCUGCUGUUAAUCACAUCCAGGACUGAACCAUGUUCAUUCUGACACUUGGUGAAGUGGGAGGGUUGGAGGGUUUCUUUCUGCCGGACUGGCCGGUCUCAUGACUUUGCUUCCAGUGGCGGAUGCUCUUUGAGCCUGGGAGUGCACAUUUCCACUGAAAUGAUCCACAAAAGCUGAUGAAGGAUGUUUAUUUUAUCCUGGAUAGUAAAUAGUAUUUCUCCUACCACUACAGGUAGAUUUCAAAUAAAUACAUCUGUGAGAAAUGAGUCAUUGAAUGAAUGAUAAUUUUGAGCAUAGAUAUAGAAUUCUUACAGAAUUUGUUGUGUUACAUAACUCUGAAUUUAAAAAACACAUAAAUCGUCUCUACAAACAGGCUCAGGUUCGAUGAGAUGAUAGUGUAGUGUAAUGUCAUCGGAUCCGGAGGCCCAGCCUAAUGAUCUGGGGACAUGGGUUCAAAUUCCACUGUGGCCCGUUAUAUGAAUUUGAUUAAUUAUGUUUGGAAUAUAAAACUGGUCUCAGUAAUGGUGACCAUGAAAGUAUCAUUGGUUGUUGUAAAAACCCAUCUGGUUCACUCAUGUCCUUUAGGGAAGGAAAUCUGCUGUCCUUACGUGAUCUGGUCUGUCUGUGAUGACAGAGCCACAGCAAUGUGGUUGACCCUUUACUGCCCUCUGUAAUACUGUAUCCAGGAGGUAUUAGGAAUGAACAACAAAUGCUGUCAGCAACACCCACAUCCCAUGAAGGAAUUUUUGACAGGUCCCUGGAAAUGUCGAGAUCUCCUGUUUCAGGUGUCCAUGUCGACAUUCCUCAGUGGAUAGGACAGCGUCUUGUCGCCUCUUCUCUGUACAAGUGCCUGGGAAGAGCUAACAAAUGGCCCUCAGCAGGAGCUAAACUCAAAAGUGUUGCUGAAAAGAGAGACAUGUCGAAGCUUUUCAUCUGGCACUCAGCAACAUUUGAGCAGCAGCUGAAGCUCGCUGUUUCACGCUGCUGCUAUGCAGUAGCAACACGAGUGGUAUUCACCACUAACAGGAUGCUGCCGCCAAACCAAAAAAGCAUUCUGCCUAUCAGACAAAUGUGUAAUGUGGGACAUGAAUUUUAGUGCCAAUGUGAUGCUAGUGUUAGAAAAUAGAGAUAGUUUAAGGAAAUUAUAUUUGUAUUUGUGGGUGUUAGGAAUGAGCUUUAGCUUUAAUGUUUAAGUUUGAUUUGUAUUUCUGUAUCUGCGUGUUAAUAAAGGUCAAAUUGAGGUUUA